AAAGGAUGUUUUCUAGAGGGUCAUGGUCUUUGGCUGGGUAGCUCCUUGCUCUUGAAGAAUGGUGUCCUGGCUUUAGACCUUGGAGGAAUAUUAUUCGCCAUUCCUUGGUGUGGCUUCGCCUUGGAGAUUUACUGAUUGAGUUGUGGGAUCGUGACAAUUUUUUUUGCAUAGCUUCAAUAGCCUGGGCAGCCCUUGUUCCUGGAUGAAUGGAUGGAGAACAUAAGCAAGACUGGUUUUGUCGGGCAUGUGUGCAGAAUGAUAUUAUCCAAAGGAUUUGCCCUGGGAGGAUUUUUUCUAUGAAGAAUUGCCGAAGCUAUUUUUGUGGUCAACUGGGGCAUCUUCAAGAGGAUUGCCAACAAUCUAAGGAUAAGGUGACUCAAGAUCUAAAACCCAUUUAUGGCCCUUGGAGCUGCUAGGGUGCCAAUAGCAGCUAAGACUAAAGUGGAAAGUGGGACGAUUGCAGGAGCAUCACAAUAGGUUAUUAGGAAACAUACGGCCUUGGAAUGGACCCCUGCUAGGUCUCUAGGAAGAUGUAUGGAGCCUCGUCACAGGGGACCAUCACUCAGAGUAAAAAGGAUAUUCAAGGCUUCUCUUGUCUGGUAAAUGAGGAUAGCAUGGAGGCAAAUGUUUUCCCCUCGCUGAUGAACAUGGUCUCUAACUCCUGUAGUCUCAGCAAGCUUGAGCCAGCUGCCAAAGAGAGGAAGGGAAUUUUCCCCUCCAACUCCACCUUUACUUAAAGCCCAUGUUUGGGAAAUAUUUGACAAUAUUUUUGCCUCGAACAAGUGGAUGGAUCUCUUUCCUGAAUCGAAGGAAAAAAAAGGCAAUAAAAUUGCCAUCACCAAAACAUCUUAUGGAUGGUUAGUGGAAGACGAUGAUGGGAUUAAACACAUCUUUGUGAACAAGUUCAAGGAUAAAGGAAAAGCAAACCAGGAUACAGAUGAGAUUUGGUUGCUGCUAGUGUCCUCGAAGAUUACUAAAGAUCAGAUUGAGAAGUUAAUCUACUGUUACGGAAGACACGAUAUUAAGGAUGCAGUUAAAAGUAUGCACUCUGAUAAAGCUCCUAGCCCUAAUGGUUUUCAACCACUCUGCUUCAUGGAGUUUUGGCCUAAGAUCAAAAAUGAGAUGAUUUCUUAUUAGUGACUCGGGCUAGUAAGGGGGAUUCCUUGUGCCUUAAGCAAUCUUUGAUGCCUAUUGCAAAUACUCUGGUCAAAAGGUCAACUUAUCUAAAUCUCAUAAUCUCCUGCAAUCCAUCUACCCCCAACUACAUUAAAGAAGAAAUCAGGAGGUUCUUUUAUAUACCUACCAAGGCUGGUGUAUGGACAUAUUUGGGUGUGCCUCUCUCAAAUUGCAAGGCUUGUGCCGCUGACUCUUAUCCUCUCAUUGACAAAAUUAAUGCCAACUACAUUGAGAUCCUUUGCUUACAGGUUGACUUUUUUUUUGCAUUCAGUGCUCUCCUCUAUUUCUAUUUAUUACAUGUCAAAUUGUGUUGUUCCUCAAGCUGUGCUGGGACGGAAGGAAAGGAAUUCAAAGCAUUCUUAAUGGGGCACUUAGAUGAUGAAAAAGGAAUGAAUCUCGUCCUUUGGAACAUUGUACGUCUUCCCGAGUCAAAGGAGGAUUGGGGCUUCAAUUGCUAAGCAUUAAACAGAAGGCUUUUAAGUGUGGGACAGCAUGCCAUUUGGUGCUACAACCUGACUCCUUAUGUGCUAAGGUAGUAAGUGCCAAAUAUCACUUUCCUGGAUCUUGGAUUGCCUCAUGGGGUUGUUCUAUUAUUUGGAGAAGCAUCCGUUCAAUUGGAAGGUGGGCUACGGUAACCAAGUAAAUGUUUAUUGGACGCCUGGUUACCAAUUGUUUCACUAAAUGCCUGGCGUACUUUUACUAAUAUGAAUGUGGAUAUGGAGAACUGGAAGGUAGUUGAUCUUAUUGCUGCUGCAGAUAUUGGAAUAUUUUGAAAUUAGCCACUAUCUUCUUGGCUAAUAUCAUGGGCAAUAUUUGUAAAAUACACUCACUAAAGGGUAUAUAGUUGUGAGGAUCCGUUCAAGCAUGUAUUUAGUCCCACAUCGAUUAUUCACCGGAGAAAUCUUAGGUACUUGUACAGGACUAAAAAAUCCAAAAAAUAUCUUUUGGCUAGUCUUUUUGGAUGAGGUCCUGAAUUGUUACAAAUAGUAUCAGAGCAGAUCCAGCCCUUGACCUAUAUACACUAGGGAACACUGCAACACAGAUAUAUUUAAAUUGGCCAUGAGCUAAUCAUAAUGUUUGUGAUUGGAUUUGAAUAAAUUUGGAUCUUUUGCCUAGCGAGGAUGCCAAGGCUUAAACGGGAAGAGUAUAUGAGGAUCUAUGCGAGUAUGUAUUUAGUUUGAUAUCAGUUAUUCACUAGGUAGAUCUUAGGUACUUAUACAGGACCAAAAAACUCAAAUAAUAUCUUUCAGCUAGCCUUUUUGGGUGAGG